AUGAAGCCGGGGCCGCCGCACCGCGCCGGGGCCGCAGCCGGGAACGGGGCCGCGGCCGCGCCCGGGGCCCGCGGGCUGCUCCUGCCGCCGCUGCUGCUGCUGCUACUGGCCGGGCGCGCCGCGGGGGCUCAGCGCUGGCGCAGUGAGAAUUUUGAGAGGCCGGUGGACCUGGAGGGCUCUGGGGACGACGACGCCUUCCCGGACGACGAGCUGGACGACCUCUACUCGGGGUCGGGCUCGGGCUACUUCGAGCAGGAGUCAGGCCUGGAGACAGCCGUGCGGUUCAGCCCCGACGUGGCCCUGGCUGUGUCCACCACGCCUGCCCUGCUGCCCACCACGGACAUCCAGCCUGUGGGCACCCCAUUUGAAGAGCUCCCCUCCGAGAGCCCCACUCCGGAGCCUGUCACCAGCCCUCCAGUGGUGACAGAGGCCCCGGAGGAACCCAGCCAGAGAGCUACCACCAUCUCCACCACCACAGCCACCACCACUGCUGCCACCACAGGGGCCCCCACGGUGGCCACGGUGCCUGCCACAGAGGCCACCGCUGCCCCCAGCAUCCCUGCAGCAUCCCCAUCCACGGCCACCACUGCACUUGCGAGGACCACCGGCAUCCGGAGACUUCCGCCUCUUCCGCUGACCACAGCUGCCACAGCCCGGGCCACCUCUCCAGCGGCGCCCUCACCCCCCACCACAGUGGCCGACUUGGACACGGAGGCCCCUACACCCAGGCUGGUCAGCACAGCUACCUCCCGGCCAGGAGCCCUUCCUAGGCCGGCUACCACCCAGGAGCCUGAUGUCACCGAGAGGAGCACCCUGCCGCUGGGGACCACCGCCCCUGGACCCACAGAGGUGGCUCAGACCCCAAUUCCGGAGUCCUUCCUGACUACAAUCCGGGAUGAGCCAGAGGUGCCAGUGAGUGGUGGCCCCAGUGGGGACUUUGAGCUGCCAGAAGAAGAGACCACACAGCCAGACGCAGCCAAUGAGGUGGUGGCUGUGGGAGGGGCAGCAGCCAAGCCGUCACCUCCGCCAGGGACACUGCCCAAGGGUGCCCGCCCAGGCCCUGGCCUCCUGGACAAUGCCAUCGAUUCGGGCAGUUCUGCUGCUCAGCUGCCCCAGAAGAGCAUCCUGGAGCGGAAGGAGGUGCUCGUAGCCGUGAUUGUGGGUGGGGUGGUGGGCGCCCUCUUCGCUGCCUUCCUGGUCACGCUGCUCAUCUACCGCAUGAAGAAGAAGGACGAGGGCAGCUACACGCUGGAGGAGCCCAAGCAGGCGAGCGUCACCUACCAGAAGCCUGACAAGCAGGAGGAGUUCUACGCCUAGCGGAGCCGUGGUGCCUCCUUGCUGCCUCAGCGCCACCCCCACCCGGCCCCUGCCAGCCCCACCAGCCCAGGCCUGGAACUGGGCCCAGCAGGGGGCCUGGCCCCAGUUCUUCGCCCUCCCUCAAGGCCUGCUCAGGCUGCCAGCCUCACACAGAUCAUCCCUGAGGAGCAGGGGUGGUGGCCAUCUGCCCCAGACUGUGCCCUUACGAGCUCAUCUCUUGUUUCCCCCCCUCCACCAGCCUGAGGCUUCAGGACCUUAUGUCAGAUGGACAGGAGGACGGAAGCUCCUGAUUGGCUGGUGGAAGAAGGAGAAGGGGUGGGGCUUGAGAUAUGCACCUCGUCCUGCUGGGCUGGCUGAGGUCUCCUUUUGUGGGCAGAGGCACUCAAGGCUGGCUUCCAGGACCAACACGUGACAGACUUGGCCCUUGAAAUAAUCUAGACACAGCAACCCCUUGCUCCUGUCCCAGGGCCUCUCUCUGCCUGGGUGAGAGGGUGCCCUUUGUCACCAGCCUGUUUUGUCCUGGCCUCUCCGGGGUUGUGGGACCACUCCCCCCUUCCCUGCCCAGCACACCUGUGCCCAAGGCCUCUCCUCUUUCUGUGUCUUCCCCUGAGGAAGCAGCUUCCAGAGAGCGCAGGAGCGGCCACUGGUGAGGGGAAGCUGCUCACGCCCCUCCUGUGAGGGGACUCUACACAGACCCCAUCGCCCACACUCUUCCACAUAUUGUCAUGUGGUCACACAUGAAACAAAAUCACGCAGUGACAGUCAUAUACAAUCCUGACCUCCCCACAAUCAAGACAUGUCGCAGAAGCAGACAUUCUUCCAAAGAUGUUUAUCUCUCCACGUUGCUGAAACACCCCCAGACACGACCAUAAUGUGAGUUGCUAGUCCUGAUCACCUGAGUGGUGACAGUGUGGCCUCCUCUCCCUCUUCUGCCUCCUACACACAGACCCUGACACCACAUAGGUCACCUCCAGCUUCGGGGCUCACUGGGGAAGGUGGAGUCAAGCUGGAACAAUCAGCCCAUAUUGGGUCCCUGAGUUGCCCUGUUUACUCAGUCUCAUCCCGUGGCACUGCACUGCCACGUCACCAUCCAUCUGCCCUCUGCCAGACACAGUCCCACAUGGAUGCACAGCCUCAUCCACAUCCCUGUGCCCUUGCUGGAGGAAGAUGGGCCUUGGUCUUUCCUGGAACCAAGUGUGGUGGGGGUGCAUUGCCAAAAGCCCUCCCAGGGCUUGGUGCACCCCCAGGCCUGCCUCACUCCUUCCUGCACCCUCCCCUCUCUCACCCCAAAGGGAGCUUGGGGUUUCUCCAAGGCUGAAGAAAGAAGGGCUUGGUUCCUGGACUUUGGCCCCAGACUGUGGAGGGUGCUUGGGUCCUCGAAAGUCCUGGGUGGGGAGGGGACCCAUGGCGUGGCUCCUGGUCUCCCUGAAUCCUUUACUUGCUCUGAGCUAGGGGGCAACUCUGCCUCCCGGGACACAAGUCUCCAAAGUGCCUGUGAGGGCGGGCCUCCGCCAGGCCCUCUGCUUUCCCGCCCUUGUCCUCGCCAGGCCAGCCUCAUCCACCCUCCCUGGGGACCCCUCUUGGCAGUUCUCCUGGUCGUGGCUACAGCUGGAAGCAACCCACCAGGUGCUCCAGGCUCUGAGGGCAGAGGUUGGGGGUAGAGCGGGUGACUGGGUGGUGCUGUCACAGGCCCCAAGCCACCUUUUUGGCUACCUUUGAAAGUAGAGCCCUUUCGUAGGUGUCUCAUGUGCAAGGUCACCAGUCUCCAGGGGCGGGAGCACCUGGCGGGGGCUCUGGGAGCCCAGGGAUGUGGCAUGGGUUGUGACUGGCUGGUGCUCCCACCCCCACCUCUCGCCCACCACCCAGACUCGAGUCAGACACCCACCCGUUUUAUUUCGUUCCCUUUUCGAGAUUCCCUGGCAGCAGACUUUGGCAGAGUAAGGGCAGGCGUGCCUGGGGCGGUGAGGGUGAGGGUCAGCCCCUUUUCCUGGGGUGCUACUCUCAGGCUGAACUCCAUCUUGCAGACCCAAAGGCAGCCUAGGGAGGUCCCAGACUUUGGGGAAGGAAUCCUGGCCCCUGAUGCCUGGGCAGCAGGAAGCGGCUGCUUGGUUUCAGUUGUCCUGCGGUGGACGGGCGGGGCCCAGGGGCCGAGAGUGAGCCCCAGCCUCCUUCACCCUUCCCUGGGGGCUGCUGUCCUGGGGACAGUAGCUCUGGUGAGAAGACCUGGGUGGGCUGAGGCUGAGGAGCUGGGAGUGUGGCGGGGACACUGGUGCUGGGCAGAAGACGCAGCAGUGGUCACAGCUUCUGCAUCAGGCUGGAGCCCCAGUGGGGUGGCCUUGCUGGCCUGACUUCCACUUCCCAAGGGCUGGCCUGGGCUUGGGCUGCGGUGGGGCCGGGUGGCCAGCCCUGUUCUCUGCGUCCUCAGCACUGGAGGGGCUGGGAGCAAGGCAGCGAGGGAGGACUCAGUUCCAGGGACGAGCUGGAGCGCUCAGAGUGCAAUGUGGGCACAGGGUCCUCGCCCUGGCCCAGGUGUGGUGCGGUACAUGUGGGGUCUGCCAGGUGGGUCCACAGACACCCUGUGCUCCCCGGAGGGUGUCCUGUGGGCCCCGACCCCUCCCGGAAGCUCAGCACAUUCCAGAUGAGAGGGAGCUCGUGUGGUCUGCAGGCUCCACGGGGAGGUGGGCUGGGGCCAGAGGAGGGGUGGGCCCCCCGCCGGGCUUCAGGAGCCCAGGCCUCGUCUCCCCAGGGCCCAGGGAGGGACUUCACCUGAAAGUCUGGUCUCCAUUGCUGGAGGCACGAGGGUGGCAACCAGGGCUGGGCAGGCAGCUGUGGCAGGGUUAGGGUGCCUGGCCAGACGCCCUCAGGGGGCAGAGCUGGAACCCUGGGCCACAGGGAGCAGACCCAACUUGGCCUCCAGGGUGGGAGUGGCCUCCGUGGCUCUCCUGGCUGUCCUUUGACCACACGACCCUGGACUUGCGUCCCCGGGCCUCCUGCCUGUAAAUAGAAGCCCACAAACUGUACAGAUUUCAGAGACGCUGAGACUGGGCCCUGGGAACCAGCAUCCCCGGGUCCCACCUGGCACCUCUGUGCACCUGGCCCCAGUGUGGCAAAUGCAUGUAAAUAUUUUUCGUAGGCAGUGUGGCUCCAGAGAGCCUCCUGAAGACAGUGUCCCCCUCCCCUCUGGCGAGUCCUUUCUCUGUACAGAGCCCUCCCGGGCCCCGGCCGGGGUGGGCGGGAGUCUGUCCUUCCCUCCCCAGGCCUCCCCGCCCUUCUCCCCCCAUGACCUGUUAUUAACCGUACCUGUCCUGAGUCACGGCCAAAACCGAAUAAGGAGAAGCAGAAGAGAGACGGUGGACGAGGGACGAGGCACUGCCCGCGGGCGCGCCUGUGCCAGGCUCGGGAAGGCACUGGCUUCUUUUUGUUUUCUCGUUUGAUUUUCCCUUUUUCUUUUUUAACAUUUCCCGUGCUGUGCCCAUUUAUAAGAGGAAAUAAAAUUAAGCUGAAACGA